UCGCUUCAAAAGUCUUCCUCCUCCUCCGCUAGCGUACAUAUACCUCCCCGGCGUCGCCUACGCAGCCGGCGUAUUAUUUUCUAAUCAUGCAGCUAGCUCGAGCUCGUCCUGCGGUCGGCAGAAGUCUGGUCAGGUCUCGGCCGACGGGCCUCCCGGUUCACACCCGACUCCAGGUUUUGAGGAGACCAGCAUCCACGGACUCUACAGAGUCCGUACCCAUCGUUCCUCCCAAACCGCCAAUAUCAUACUGGCACCGCUUCCUCCAGACCGUCGGAGGCGUCACCCUCGUCACAUUGGGCACCCUUGGCGUUUUUUAUUACUACGCCCAGAAGGACAAGUCGCCCGGAGAGCAGCUCCCCCAUGAUCCGAGCAAGAAGACGUUGGUGGUGUUGGGCAGUGGCUGGGGCGCGACCAGCCUCCUCAACUCGAUGGACACGACCGACUACAACGUGAUUGUGAUCAGCCCGAAGAACUACUUCCUUUUCACUCCUCUCCUACCCAGUGUUGCCGUGGGCACGCUUAGCCCGCGUUCGAUUCUUCAACCGACGCGCUAUGUCACACGUCACAAAAAGCGCCAAGUGGCUGUCAUCGAGGCGUCUGCUACAAGUGUCGACCCGAUUGCGAAGACAGUCAAAUUUGAAGAUACGUCUGAAAUCCAGGGCCUGGUCUCUACGACGACAGUAAACUAUGACUACCUCGUCUUCGCCGUGGGCGCUGAGGUGCAGACUUUCAACAUUCCGGGUGUCAAGGAGAACGCGUGCUUCAUGAAGGAACUCGAGGAUGCGGAGCAUAUGCAACGCCGUUUCCUAGACUGCCUGGAGACCGCCGCUUUCCCAGGCCAGACGCCUGAUGAAAUCUCUCGCCUCUUGCACAUGGUCGUCGUCGGUGGAGGUCCGACCGGUGUAGAAGUCAGCGGUGAGCUUCACGACUUCCUCGAAGAGGACCUGCGCUCGUGGUACCCGGAACUCGCGAGCAACGUGCGCAUCACGCUCGUCGAGGCGCUGCCCUCGGUGCUGCCCAUGUUCAGCAAACAGCUGAUCGACUACACCGAGUCGACGUUCAAGGAGGCCAAGAUCGACAUCCUCACGAAGACAAUGGUGAAGGAGAUCAAGGAGAAGAGCGUCGUAUUGCAGAUGCCCGACAAGAGCGUCGUCGAGGUGCCCUGCGGUCUCGUUGUCUGGGCAGCGGGCAACAAGCUGCGCAAGGUCACGCAAGACCUGAUGGCGAAAUUCCCGCAGGCGCAGACGAACCGCCGCGGAAUCACUGUUGACGACCACCUCCGCAUGGUGGGCGUGCCGGACAAGUCGAUCUUCGCGAUCGGUGACUGCACGGCGACAUCGUACGCACCGACUGCACAGGUCGCAUCGCAGGAGGGCGCGUACCUUGCGCGUAUCAUCGCGCAGCUCGCAAAGCGGGACGAGCUCGCCGCACGCCUGAAGGCGCUCCAGGAGACGCCCGCUGUGGAGGAGACGAAGCAGGAGAUCGAGAGCGUGCAGAAGCAGAUCACGAAGGCGGAGAAGAUGCGGCCCUUCCACUACUCGCACCAAGGCUCUUUGGCCUACAUCGGGUCGGAUAAGGCUAUCGCUGACCUGCCUUUCUUCAACGGCAAUCUGGCCACCGGAGGUGUUGCAACGUACCUGUUCUGGCGCAGCGCCUAUCUGAGCACCCUGUUCUCCCCACGGAACCGUGUCCUCGUUGCGAACGAUUGGAUCAAGGUCAAGCUCUUCGGGCGGUGAGGGUCUCUACUUCUCGUGUGUUAUGCACGUAUGCUGAUGCUCGCUGGUAGUGACGUGAGUCGGGAGUAAACA